AUGGACCGUCUGCCCCCGGAGAUCAUCUCCAACAUCGUUCAUCAUGUUGAAGAGGGCUCUCUUGCACCCCUAUCAGUCUUGUGUCGACGUUGGCAGCCAAUAGUCGAAGCUAGAAUAUAUCGAGAGCUUCACAUAUCCCGCGUACGACCUGGAGCACAAACAUUGCGCAAAUCAAUCAGAUACCCUUCGUACGAAAAGCUUGCGAGUAAUUUGACACCGACACGGCUUUCUUAUAUUCGCCAUUUGCAUGUCGAAAUCUAUGUAUACGGCAGUGGUUUCUCGGUGACAUCUACGGACAUUAUUCGACAAAUAUUCGAUCUUCUCACGCUGGUACCACACAAGCAAGAGCCACUACUGAAUCUACAUUUCAAUCUUCGCGGAUUCUUCAACGACUUCUUCGAACCCGACUCUCGGUCUAGUGGUAGUUUUGAAUCUCCACCAAGUGGACUUCCAGAGUUGCCCAUGGUACGGUCUUGUCAGUUAAAGAACGGCUGGCCAGGACCAGGACCAGGGUUUCCUCCACGCGCUCUCUUCUAUAUGGCAAGCAAGAUGCCGCGGUUAAGGACACUAGAUGUAAUAACUUGGGAUAUCGAGUCGAUACACCAAAGAGUCGAGCUGGCUCGAUCACUUACCGACUUACCCACGUCUAUACACGGCUUCUUCUUUCGAUUCCUCCAGUCCGAUAAUUCAGAUGGUCUGCUGGUCAUGGAGAAUGGCGAGGAUAUCUUGACUCGAGAACUACGUCGAUUCUCACAAAGAGAAGGUCUAAAAUACUUUUUAUUCAGCGGUUGCGUAGAACUUUCUAUCUUUUGGCCACCAGACUCAGCAACAUCUGAACCACGAUAUUGGCCAACACUGGAAGCUUUCCAUAUACUGUUCCGUCAUCCUCAACACCUCGCCAGCCUUCACGCUACAGAGUCUCCCGAUGAUACGCAAGAUACAAGCGACUCGGAUACAGAGUCACUCGAUGAUGCUCAAGAUGCAAACGACUCGGAUACAGGGUCUCCAGACGAUACGCAAGAUGCAAACAUUUCGGACAGAAUCGAAGUUCAUAAAGGGAUUAUGAACGCCUCCUUCCGAGCUCUUGCGAAAUGCUCGGCCUGCAUGCCUAAAGCUAAGGUUAACUACAUCUAUUUCGGUGACACCUGGUGUACGUACUUCACCUAUUGCACAAUGCUUCCUGGAGAUCCGUGUGUCAUUGUCAAUGGUGAAUCGGAUUUUGAGCUUGAUGAGGAAACGGUGGACGAAUGGCGAAAGACCGCUGAAGUUCACAAUCUGGAUUUCCGGAUGCUCAUUGGGGAGGUGCCCGAGUAG